AUGACAGAACUAAGUCAGCCAAAAGUUGCCGCUUCCGAGUGUAAAUGUGAUCGCGAUGCCAUCUCACAACGAAAUCAACUAUCAUCACCUCUCCUCCGCCUACCUCCCGAACGUCGUAAUUAA